GUUUGUACUGCAAAUUGAAAUAAUUUAUUUAUUUAUUUAUUUUUAAAGGAAUACCACAAGAAGUAAAGCUAGAAUGAUGAAGAAGAUGGAAUAAGGUUGGGGUUGCUUUACAAGACGGUACAACAUGAGCUAAUUAUAUUGGUGCAAAAAAGACUCAAAAUAGAACACAAGCAUUAUUAGCACAAAUCCAGAGAGGAAGGGAUUAAAAACGUUUACUCACCUGAUAGCCAAAAAGCAAACAAAAAUCUUUCCAUUUCUACUUUAGAAUUCACUAAAUCCCUUUCAAGCUUUCCGUUUCCAUACCAUUUAUACUAUUUCUAUUACCCACUUUUAUUGUGCAAUAACUCCCACAAGAUCUGUAAAUUUAAGCCACAAAGCUGUGUUGAGUUGUCGUAGCUUAAGAAAGCACUGUGUUUUUCUUUCUUUCUUUUUGUCCGAGAGUUUUAGAGGAUGGAGGUUGUUCAGAUGCAGAGAGCAUGGGUUGAAUAUACCAAAUCCUUGUUUAGAGAGGGGUUUCUGGAUGCCCAGUUUCAACAGCUUCAGCUUCUGCAAGACGAGAGCAACCCAGAUUUUGUUGCUGAAGUGGUAUCUCUCUUCUUUGAAGAUUCUGAGAGGCUUCUGAGUGAUCUCACCUUUGCCUUAGAACAGCAAAGUGUAGACUUCAAAAAGGUUGAUGCUCAUGUUCACCAGUUGAAGGGUAGCAGCUCCAGCAUAGGUGCACAGAGAGUUAAAAAUGACUGCAUCGCUUUCCGCAGCUUCUGUGAGGAACAGAACAUUGAAGGGUGCCAGAGAUGCCUGCAGCAAGUGAAACAGGAUUACUGUCUCGUGAAGAGCAAGCUUGAAGCUCUAAUCAGGCUGGAGCAACAGAUUGUGGCAGCUGGUGGGUCAAUUCCUAUGGAAGAAUUGAGUUCUUAAGCCUGUCAAUGCAAUGCAAUGCAAGACGAGGAAAGCUGCUAGUAAAAAUGGGAGGAUUACUGUAUGUUAAUUCCUAUGGGAGGUUCUGUUUAACUAAUCAUGUUGUGCUUGUAUGGAUUCUUAUGAAGAUACAGUCCCAUCAACUUCCACUUA